GUUGUAUAUAUGUUAGAAGGCUGUGACCGAAGGUGUAAUGUUGGCCAACAUAACUAGAAUAAAGCAGUCUUCAGUGGAAUCUUGUACCAGUCACUUCCUCCCUGAACCUACUUAUUUUACAAGUAUUGAAAACUUAAACAUGGCGCAGUCUUAGACGAAGGGAAGGAAGAGUGAUUUUAAAAGUAAAUUAAUCUUGGAAGUCGUUUUAGUGAUUUUAACGAUUUUAACCAAUUUUAAGCUGGUUAGAAGCCCUAACCUCAAGAAACACGUGUGCUGCUUACGUCAAGUCAUCAAGUAUGGCUGUUGCUAAUCUGCCCGCUCCGAUGAGUUUUGAGGGAGACAUCCCAUCGAAUUGGAAGAAAUUCCACAAGAGUUUUAAAAUUUAUCUGGGAGCAAUUGGAAGAGAAACCAGCACCGAUGGCAUGAACGCAGCUGAAAAGAAGAGUCAUGACACCAAGCUAGGACAAUUGCUGUUAAAUAUAGCAGGAGAAGAGGCGAUCAACGUAGCUAAUACUUUUGAUCUGUCAGAUGAAGAUGAAUUCAGCUAUAGCAAGCUAGUUGAGAAGUUUGAAAGUUAUGCAGCACCGGAAAAGAAUGAAACGUACAUUAGAUUCAUAUUUAACAAAACAAGGCAACAGGAAGGAGAGACGUUCGACCAUUUUUUAACAGAAGCAAAGAAAAGAAUCAAAGAUUGUGGAUUUGGCGGAGGAGAAUUAGAAGACGGCCUCCUUCGAGACAGAAUCGUUGAGGGCAUCUACGAGAAAAAGACUCAACAAACCCUACUGAGAAUAAAGAAGUUAGACCUCAAAGGAGCUAUAGAAGAAUGCAGAAACACAGAAGCUGGCCGAAAGUAUAUGGACUGUCUACAGCAAGCUCAAGCAGUUGUACCACAAGAGGUAGACUCAGUCAACAAGAAGAGAAAUAAUUACCAACUCCAGAAAAACAACAGUUUAAAUCAGCAAAAUAAAGGAAGCAACAACAGCUCCUAUCAGCAACAGAAGGGUAACUACAACAACCAUCCUAAGUGUACGAGAUGUGGGUACAACCACUAUCCACCUAGAUGCCCAGCAUUUGGAAAACAGUGCGGACAGUGCAAGGGCAUGAACCACUUUGCUCAAGUAUGUAGAAGCAAACCAGCAGUUAAAACAGAUCACGUUGAAACAGAGAAAAGUCAGGAUAAUGAAGCAUAUGAGUACUUAUUCACAGACUCGCUUGAAGUCUGCACAGACUCUAUCAGAGUUAAUAAAGAAGAGAGGGCACAGCUCAAUGAAUACACUCAAGAAAUACAAGUUGAAGGCCAAAAUAUCAACUUCAAACUGGAUCCUGGCACUAGACAAUCCAUAUUACCAAUGAAGAACUUCGAAUCUCUAAAGUGUGGGAAGAAAUUGGAGCCAUCAAAAUAUCACCUGAAACCUUACGGAGAAAAAUCACCACCUAUUCCAGUCAGUGAAAUUACGCUUAGAACCAAGGUAGGAGGACAAGUUAGGAUGGUCAAAUAUCUUGUAAGUCCUGACAGACAGAAGCCUUUGUUUGGACUGAAUGACUGUGAGGAUUUCGGACUAAUUAAGAGAGUGGUAAUGGCAGUGGACAGCACAACUACAGUAAACAGUAAAGAAGACUUUAUCCUAGAACAUCAAGAUGUAUUUAAGGGAGUUGGCUCAUUUCCUGGGAAUCAUCCUAUAUUAACCAAGCCGGAAGCCAAACAAGUGGUGUGCCCUGUGAUAAGAAGACCAAAAACUGUUAAUGACAAAUUGAAACCGGCCUUGGACAAGAUGGAAGCUGGGGGAGUUAUUGCAAAAGUUGAACACCUCACAGAAGACUCAUGGGUAAGCAACAUAGUAAUAGUCAACAAGCCCAAUGGCAGUAUCAGAAUCUGUCUUGACCCUGUAGAUUUAAAUAAUGCAAUUAUCAGAGAGCCUCAUCUUAUACCAACUGUAUCUGAAAUCUCUGAACGCCUGAGCCACCAAGAGUAUUAUACUCUAUUGGAUCUAAAGGAUGGGUUCUAUCAUAUUCAGCUGGAUGAAGCAUCCAGUUACAAAUGUUGUUUUGCAACGCCAUUUGGACUAUAUCGGUUCCUCAGGUGUCCCUUCGGGUUGGCAUCAGCCCCUGAACUAUUUCAGAAACUUAAUGAGAAGUGUUUUGGGGACUUGGACAAUGUUCUCAUAUAUUUUGAUGAUGUUUUGGCAUUUGGGAAAACAGAGGCUGAGCAUGAUGAGGCGGUGAAGAAGCUAAUUCAAAGGGCUAGUGAACUUAAUGUAAAAUUUAACCCUGAAAAACUGCAGUAUAAACAGAAGACAGUAAAGUAUGUGGGGCAUAUUUUCUCAAAUCAGGGGAUGGCAGUGGAUCCAGAACGAAUUAAAACAAUCAUGCAGCUUGAACCCCCCAAAUCUAGAAAAGGAUUACAAUCUGUACUUGGCACAUUUAAUUAUGUACGGGAGUAUAUUCCCCAGAUGAGCAAGCUAACUGAAAAUAUGAGGAGACUUCUAAAAAAAGAUGCUGAAUGGAUCUGGGAAGAGCCCCACACCGCUGACUUUAAUAAGUUAAAAAUGUUGUUGUCUUCUGCUCCAGUGUUGUCCAACUUCAAUCCCGAUGAAAAAAUCAUCAUUCAGUCCGAUGCAUCGCAAUCAGGACUAGGCUGCUGUCUCCUUCAGAAAAAUCGUCCAGUGGCCUUCGCAUCAAGGGGACUGUCAGACAGUGAAAAGAAUUACAGUGACCGCAACAGAUAUUCAAGCUGACGACGACUCUCACUUAGAAAUCGUUCACAGUAUUGCAUUGGAAUUGCCUAUGAAUAAGAAUCUACGGGUGGACUUGAAGAAAGAAACUGAAAAAGACAAGAACUACCAGCAAAUCAUGAACUACAUCAA